AUGCCGGUUCCCUUGGCGCACAUGCGCGGAGGACUUCUGGGGGCUGAGUGCAAGUUGGGGCAGGCCGUUGCCCACGUCACGCUUCGCUUUACCGUGGACACAGAUCCGGAUUACUUGCUGGAUCUCGUGCGACCACAGACCCUCAAUCUCGAGCAGAAGUUGCGGGACAGUGCAGAUGAGAUGUCCAGAUGGAUAGAAAGCUUACCUGCGCCGCCCGCGUGCUGCUGUCAGCCUUCCUUCGACCAGGUGGAUCCCUUGGAUGUGGAUGCUGUCGUGGGGCGAGCCGCGCUGCGUGCAUGGACUGUGGCUGAUGUGCAGAAGCCUUUGCCGGCUCCGGACCUCUCCCCCGAAAACUGGGUGAGCACAGUAGGGCCCAAUGGGCGGAGGUAUUGGCACAAUCUCGCACUGGGCCCGGCGCCCUGGGAGGAGUCGGAGGCCUCGCCGUCCUCGCCCAGCCUUCCCAGCCCCGACGAGGUACCUAGUGGCUGGAUCUACCGGGAAGGUGCAGACGGCCGGCGGUUCUGGCACCACGCUGACCUGGGCCCUCCGCCCUGGGAGCUUCCCGCUGCGCAGGCUUCCGAAGGACCUGCGAACGGCGGAGGCCAGUUUGAAGUGACCGUCUAG